CUGACGUCGUAGCUCCGAAGCUCGUCGGGCGCUCCCGCAGACCCAGCUGAAGCGGCCCCUCCUGCCGACCAGCUAGCCUAGCUACCAGCUAGACGCCAAGCUACGCCGAUCCCGUUACCGAUAGCAACCACCCGAAGGCGCCAUUCGUCGCCCCGCUUUGUGAAUGGCCCUCUCUUUCCUCUCUAUCUCGUUCCUCUCUGUCUCGUUCCUCGCCCUCGGGAACUGCGCGGAGGUCCUCGCCGAGUCAUUUGCGCUAAGCGAAGAGAUUCGCUGCCAGCGGCUCUAUGCCCCACAGAUGUCGAAGUACUUCGAGACAUUCUCUUCGACACUUUUCCUCGAGGCUGGAAGGCAGGUUCUGAUUGAGGCGCAGCUGCGCACCCGGUCGAGCACUACCACGAAUAUGCUGGCCGGCUUCCGGCUGUACGCGAUCAUCCCCGGUACGAAUCGCAGGGACUACGCGGCAUCCGGCGGGGGUCUCGUAGCAGCGGCGAAUCAUGUGGGGCGGUGCGGAGUAAGAGGUGAUCCCGGACCGUGCGAGGACACUCUCACGCUCCGCGGCUACUGGGUCUACACGGCAAAGCAGACCGCGAACGUACCUUUCUUCAUGGAGUCCCGCGCCCAGACAACCGCCUCCGACAUCGAUGAGCUUGACAGCUCUUGUCCUGAGGCUCGACCACGGUGCCCCGGCCCGGGACAGCCGAGCAGCACAUCGUGUCACCUGGCCAUCAACACCGGCAACGCCAACAGCUACAUCCGCGUGUGGGAAGCCGAUGCGGCCAUUCAGUUUCUCGAGGACUGCCGCUGGGCCGCAGGGUAUGGCACAGUCAACGCCGACACUUCGCCCGUGUCCAUACUGAGGCGCACCGUCAAGACACCCGAGGGCCGCUCCGAGAUGACUGCCAUCUCACACGUCGGGCUGACCAUCGACAACACCGUCGCCCAACCUACCGUGACGCGUGCCCGACUGAUUCUCACCAGUCUCACCUCCAACACGAGCAGCUAUUUCCCUUCAGAGGCCGGGACAGUCAUCACGAUCAGCCCUGAGAAACAUCACUACCAGCUGCGUAUCGAAGGGGCUGUCCCCGUCGAGCCUGGCGAGCGCAUCAGGACCAAUACGGAGAUCUCCCUGGUGUCCGGCAACUGGAUCCGCAUCGACACUGGCUGCGACGCUGGCUGUGAACUGAGCAACGGCAGACGCCGCAUCUGCACUGGCGCCACUACGCGGCAGGUGGACAUGACCGUGCGGUUCGACACAUGACUGCGACCGACGCCCUCGCAUUCGCUGUAUUUUUUCGGUUCGUACACAACCUUCUUGCCUUCAUAGUCUGUCCACAACUGGCCUGUUGUUCGUUUGUCCAUACUGGGGGGGCUGAGACGAGAGCCACAUGGCGGGCCAAAUGCGUGUGUAUCUGUGUGAAUGACAUAGGAAUGGUUCUGUCAGGGCGACAACAGGUAUGCUCUCACUCUCAAGCGACGAAGCAAGCAGUGAGGCUAAUUAGCUAUGUGCUUGUUUUGCUGGCCAAUUGACUGCCGCAUGCGCGUACGUCGGUUGUCGAGUCAAUGAUGCGAUGGCAUGCAGAUGUGGCUGAGAAAGAGACUUGGAGGUUACACACCACAUAAGUUGAUGACGGAUAGAUUGAUGACGACCCUUUCGUGUCUGAGUCCGGUUUUCUACAAAAUCGUCAAAAG